UGGGUGGGAUUAUAAUCUGCAGGUGACUGGAGAGUGAACCAUUGUAAUAGACUAGUUAAUUUGAGUGCACAAAUGUUGCAAAAAAUAACUAGUUUGACUGUGAGGGACGUGAGAUUUCCUACGUCUUUGGAGCAGCACGGCUCAGAUGCGAUGCACACGGACCCGGAUUACUCGGCCGCUUACGUGGUUCUGGACACGGACAGUGGGCUGAAAGGUUUCGGGCUCACCUUCACUUUAGGAAAAGGAACAGAGAUUGUGGUGCAUGCCGUCCAGGCUCUAGCAGGACUAGUUGUUGGGAAAUCUUUGCACGACAUUGUGAGCAACUUUCGGGGGUUUUACCGGCUGCUGACGAGUGAUGGCCAAAUGAGAUGGCUGGGUCCAGAGAAAGGAGUGAUCCACUUGGCCACUGCUGCUGUCCUGAAUGCUGUUUGGGACCUGUGGGCUCGGGUGGAGGGCAAGCCUCUGUGGAAGCUGCUGGUCGACAUGGAUCCGAAACAGAUCAUCUCCUGCAUUGACUUCAGAUACAUCACCGAUGUCCUGACAGAAGAGGAAGCUCUUGGCAUACUUGUGAAUGCAAAGGAGGGAAAGCAGCAGAGAGAGGACCUUAUGUUGAACCAGGGUUAUCCUGCCUACACCACCUCCUGUGCGUGGCUGGGAUACUCAGACCAACAGCUCAAACAGCUUUGCACGGAUGCUCUUCAACACGGUUGGACCCGGUUUAAGGUGAAAGUUGGAGCUGACCUAGAGGACGAUAUCCGGAGGUGUCGCCUCAUCAGGCAGAUGAUUGGGCCUAGUAACACAUUGAUGAUUGAUGCCAACCAGAGAUGGGACAUAGCCGAGGCCAUCAGCUGGGUGACCAGACUGGCAGAGGUCAAACCUCUGUGGAUCGAGGAGCCCACUUCUCCGGAUGACAUCCUGGGUCAUGCUGCUAUUUCUAAGGCUUUAGCUCCACUUGGGAUUGGAGUAGCUUCAGGCGAGCAGUGUCACAACAGAGUGAUGUUCAAGCAGUUCCUGCAAGCUUCAGCGCUGCAGUUUGUUCAAAUAGACAGCUGCCGGUUGGGCAGCGUCAAUGAAAACCUGGCUGUGCUGCUGAUGGCCCACAAGUUCAAAGUGCCUGUGUGUCCUCAUGCUGGAGGAGUCGGUCUGUGUGAACUGGUUCAGCACCUCAUCCUGUUUGAUUACAUCUGUGUGUCGGCGGAUCUCAGUGGCCGAAUGUGUGAAUAUGUUGACCAUCUCCAUGAACACUUCGCCAGUCCUGUGGUCAUACAAAACGCCCACUAUCUAACCCCGAAGGAUCCAGGCUAUUCCUGUGAGAUGCUGGAGUCAUCAGUGAAGAGACACGAGUACCCGGAUGGAGAUGUUUGGAAAAUACAAAUCAACAAAUAAGGACUUUAUUGUCAACAUUUCACUGUUAAAUACUCACUGUAAAUCAUUUCUCUCAAAUCACCAAAGCUUUGUCAAACGUAGAAUUUGGAAGGUUCUUGUGAUUCGUUUGUUUCGAAUCAGAUUGAUCACAAAGUUGUUUUUUUUUACAGAAAAUUUAUCCAGAUAAUUUAUCAGUUAAAAUACAGGAAAGAAAAAAAUUUGUCAAGCGCCAACAAACAGUAGAAAACUUCUUCUGGAGCAAAAGAUCCAUUUUCCCACUAAAUUAGGCAAAACAAAGCCUCGUGUGAACUACAGUCUUUCAAGUUGAAAAGGCACACAGCCAAUUUCAGGUCUCACACGGCCAUCUGCAUCUUUAUGGUGGGGUGUGGGUUGUAGCCACAGAUCUCAAAGUCCUCUGCCUGGAAGUCAUUGAUGCUUUCCACUUUUCUCUUGAUUUUUAGUGUUGGAAAAGGGCGAAUCUCCCUCUGGAUCUGCACAUUUUAACAGAUCGCAUGAAUCAGAAAUCAAACCCAACUACAGAAAUGUUUUAGCUGAACUGAUCGAUCUAACCCACCUGCACUUUCAGAGGCUCAACGUGAUUGAGGUAGACGUGAGCAUCUCCCAGAGUGUGGACAAAGUCGCCGGGCUGCAAGGGACGAGAUGCGAGACGUUGGACAACACGUCUGUAGAUUAAACAGAAAUGAGGCUUGUGCAGGGCUCGUACCUUGAGUCCUGUAAUGUGUGCAAUCAUGUAGGUGAGAAGUGCAUAGCUGGCGAUGUUGAAAGGCACCCCCAGGCCCAUGUCGGCGGAGCGCUGGUACAGCUGACAGGACAGCUCCCCGUCGCAGACGUAGAACUGACAGAGGGCGUGGCAGGGAGGCAGCGCCAUUAUGGGGAGGUCUGCAGACACCGAGGAUGUUCAAAUCAGAAAACAAACAAACAAACAACAGAAAAAUAAACAAGAACUGUAACCUCGACUUACCUUUGGGGUUCCAGGCACACAUGAUGAUCCGUCGAUCUUCCGGGUUUUUCCUGAUGGUGUCAAUGAUGUUUUGCAGCUGGUCGACACCUUGUCCUGUGUAAUCUGUUGAAAGAGCGGGAGAAUCAACACAUUUAGAUGAAUGAAAGGCAGACUAAAAGCUGUAACUAAAAAAGAACCCUUAGCAGAUAUACUGUAGUUUUUAAGGUUAAUUCAAGGCAUACAGUAGCAGUAGGUAUUUUGAAAAAGGGAUAUUUUCAGACAGUUCAUGGACUUAAUUAGUUAUUUUACAUUUAUGUUUCAUUUAAAUAAACAAGUGUGUAUUGGUUGGCUUAUAAUAGGUAUCUAAUAUAACAAAAACUAAAGGAGUUCAGCUCUCUGCAGUGUACCAUAACAGCUGCAAGUUCUGUUUUUCGUAGACUGUUUUGAUAACAAAUUAGAUCAAAUAUGUUGUUAAAGUUGAGAAAAUGUAUUCUAAUUUAAAAAAGACCAUUGUAAAAGUGGACUUUAUGGGUCAAACAUUAAAUAUCCCACAGAAGA